UUGUAAGUUGAUAUUAGCAACAUUCCAAACAAGUUAAAUGUAGAGUUGAAUCAUUUUCUACCACCGACUUAAAUUUAUCAAUAAAUUGGUUAUCCGACCUAAAAUAUCAAGACGAAAUGUCAAGUGUAAUAAAAAACAAGAGUGAGGACGUUGAAAAGCUCAAAAUUAUUUGCUUGGGGGAUAGCGCAGUCGGAAAAUCAAAGCUGGUUGAACGAUUUCUGGUAGAUGGAUACAAACCUCAACAACAAUCAACAUAUGCACUUACAUUGUUCAACUAUGAAACAAAACUAAAUGGAAAGAAGAUAUCAGUUGAUUUCUGGGACACAGCAGGCCAGGAGAGGUUUUCCAGCAUGCAUCCAUCGUAUUACCACCAAGCACAAGCGUGUAUCCUUGUGUUUGAUGCUACGAGGAAAGUGACAUACAAAAACCUCAACAACUGGUACAAAGAGUUACGGCAAUACAGACCUAACAUCCCAUGCUUGCUAGUUGCAAAUAAAAUUGAUGUGGAUCUUGGAGUAACAAAACGCACAUUUGCUUUCGGUACAAAACACAAUCUGCCUCAGUAUUUUGUUUCAGCUGCAAAUGGAACAAAUGUAGUAAAGGUUUUCAGGGAUGCUAUUAAAGCAGCUUUGUCCUACAAGCAGAAUCCAACAGAUUUUGUUGACCAAGUCCUGCAAGAGUUAGAGCACUUAGGCAACACGGAAGAAGAUUUAAUUCACAUUACUUGUAAAACAGAGGAGUGAAAGUUUAAAGGAAGUUUAUUACACUCAGUGUUACUGUGGCACUUUAUUUAUUUAUUCUGCACAGCCUGGUAUCACUGAUAUGUUGGAGUGAUAGGAGACUGGCAUAAACCCUAACAUAAAAAUUAAUGGACCAAUCCUCGCCUGAAUCCUAAGACCCAUAAUGGCCAUGCUGUGGGACCUCACCCACAUAGAAUAAAAACCACUAAAAUCUUGUUAUUUUUCAUUAAUUGUCCUUAGUUGACAAUUUUUCAAAAGGGAAUUCGAAUUUUCUCCCAAAAGAGCCUUUUAAAACAUGAUUACCACUCUGUGAAACAAACUGCAGCCAAUUAACUUUUGCAGCAGGUGCUUAAAAAUAUAAUCUCAAUGUUGUUUUGUAUUAUUUUUAGAAAAUGCUAUUUUUGUACAAUUCAUUGUGUUUCUAUGUUAUUUAUUAGAUGUGGUUCCGGUACAAUAGACAUUGCCAUUGGUGUGCGUCAUGUGUUUAUGAAUAAUUGAGUUCUCUGCCUUCAUACCAGCCCGACUGUUGUUUUUAAUAAACGUGUAUUCAACCGUG